AUGGUGGAGGACAACGAGGACAAUGCGCUGUCGCAGCUGGCACUGCCGGAAGCGGAAGCCGAAGCCGAAGGAGCCGCCUCGGCCAUCGUCGAGCCCCUGCUGGCCCUGCUACGCGGCGACAUUCUCAACCAGACACAGACCCGAGCACCAGCCAGCUUCUACAGCAGCUACAACAUAUCCGAGGACGUUUACUUCUACUUCAACGGUCUGAAAUGGGAGUGUGUCCACCACGACUCUGGGCCCGCUCAGCCCCACCACCAUCAGCAGCAGCAGUACGACCCCCGAGCCGGAUCUGUCCGAGUUCCUGGAGGCGCUGCCCAACGAUCGCGUGGGUCUGUUGGCCUUCCUCUUUCUGUUCUCGUUCGCCACCGUCUUCGGCAAUUCCCUGGUCAUCCUGGCCGUCAUCCGGGAGCGUUAUCUGCACACGGCCACCAACUACUUCAUCACCAGCCUGGCCGUGGCGGAUUGCCUGGUGGGACUGGUUGUGAUGCCCUUCUCGGCACUGUACGAGGUGCUGGAGAACACCUGGUUCUUUGGCACCGACUGGUGCGACAUCUGGCGCUCCCUGGACGUUCUCUUCAGCACCGCCUCGAUCCUCAAUCUGUGCGUCAUAUCGCUGGACCGCUACUGGGCCAUCACCGAUCCCUUCAGCUAUCCCAUGCGGAUGACGGUGAAGCGGGCCGCCGGCCUGAUAGCCGCCGUCUGGAUCUGCUCGAGUGCCAUCAGCUUCCCGGCCAUCGUCUGGUGGCGGGCGGCGCGGGACGGCGAGAUGCCCGCCUACAAGUGCACCUUCACCGAGCACCUGGGCUACUUGGUGUUCUCCUCGACGAUCUCCUUCUACCUGCCGCUGCUGGUGAUGGUGUUCACCUACUGCCGGAUCUACCGGGCGGCGGUGAUUCAGACGCGCUCCCUCAAGAUCGGCACCAAGCAGGUGCUGAUGGCCUCCGGGGAGCUGCAGCUCACGCUGCGCAUCCAUCGUGGUGGCACCACCAGGGAUCAGGCCAACCAGGUGUCGGGUGGGGGCGGAGGCGGAGGCGGAGGCGGUGGCGGCGGAUCGCUCAGCCACUCCCAUUCGCAUUCGCACCAUCAUCACCACAACCAUGGCGGCGGCACGACCACAUCCACGCCAGAGGAGCCAGACGACGAGCCGCUAUCGGCGCUGCACAACAACGGACUGGCCCGCCACCGGCACAUGGGCAAGAACUUCUCGCUCUCCCGGAAGCUGGCCAAGUUCGCCAAGGAGAAGAAGGCGGCCAAGACGCUGGGCAUUGUGAUGGGCGUGUUCAUCGUGUGCUGGCUGCCGUUCUUUGUGGUCAACCUGCUGUCCGGGUUCUGCAUGGAGUGCAUCGAGCACGAGGAGAUUGUCUCAGCGAUUGUCACCUGGCUGGGCUGGAUCAACUCGUGCAUGAAUCCCGUCAUCUAUGCCUGCUGGAGCAGGGACUUUCGCAGAGCCUUUGUGCGUCUGCUGUGCAUGUGCUGUCCCCGCAAGAUCCGCCGGAAGUAUCAGCCCACAAUGCGGUCCAAGUCGCAGUGCCACGUGGCCGCUGCAAUGGUGGCAGCCUCGACCUCCUUUGGCUACCACUCGGUGAACCAGCUGGACCGCACGCUCAUGUGACGUCAGCUGAGCAGUUGCAGCACCUGCAGCGGUGGCAGCAACUGCGGCGGCGGUGGCAGCAACGUCGCCGGAGUUGGAGGCGGCUCCCGCAGCGGACAUCACCACCAUCACUCCUCGGGCACGGCCACGCCCUCCUCCUCGCAGCGUUCGUGCACCCGCUGCCAGAGCUUCCAUCGCCACCACCACCGGGACAGGCGCCGCAGCUCAGGGAUGAAGCAUCGCGGGGACUACAACUCCACGUCGGCGGUGAACAGUGCGGCCAAGACGAUAGUGACGAUCACAGCACCGCCGGCGGCAGCGGCCUCUGCCAGCUCGUUGCACCUGGGCGGCGGUGCGAGGCCCUCAUCGGUCUCCACUCUGACCAUAGCCUCGGUGCCGGCCACGCUGCUGCUGGAGCCGGCCCUAGGACUCGGCGGCGGAUCGGUGAGUGCUGCCAACAGUCCAGUGGCACCCAGCCUGAAGCACUCCAGCCUGGCGAUGACGCCGAGCGGCAUGGGACCGUCGAACUCAUCGGGUCACCACGUAUCCUUCAUGCCCAUGGCGGGCAUGAGGCGUCUGCGCAGCUCCAACUCCUCGCUGAGCUCGCCCACGGCCCCAGCCCUUGGUGGUGUCGACACCAUCUCGGCUAUCUCGCUCACUGAUGCCGCCGAGGAGCAGCAGCAGCACCACCACCACCACCACAGAGUCUUGGAGCAGCGCCAGAGUGUGCAGAGCCAGAUCACCACCCUGGGCGACGUGGACGAUGACGAGGACAGUGACAGUGAGAGCAUCGGGCUGGCCCUGGUGCAGACGACACCGCAACUGGAAUGCCAGCCGGAGGCGGCCUCCAGUUCCUCCAGCUCCUCGGUAAAGUAAACUCAGCCAGCCGCUGAAUCACAGAAUUAUUCACGGAGACCACAGCCCAGUAAACUAGCUCUUAAGGACUCUUCAUAGAUGUGAGUGUAUAUAUCUACAUACAUCAGGCGAUCUAGCCUUCGUCUAGUCUCUCAUUAGCUUAUCGAUUGGUGAUAGAACACUAUGCAACAGAAAAUCUAAUCAUCAAAUACUUUCCGCUUGAUUAAGAACUUCAACAUCCUCAUAACUAGUCCAAUGAUGCGAUGGCGGGUGGGUUGCAUAGUGUGAAUUAGUUGUUACAAUUAGUUGUCAUAUCUUAGAUCUUCCAUUAUAAAGAUGUUAUCCGCUAGAGUACAAUGUUUCGUUCUGUAAAUGUUUCAAACGUCUUAGCCAUUGAAAGCUACGUCUUCAACCUGUCCACGUACCUGACUCUCUUUCAGAA